GAUUCCCAUAAAUCUAGGGAAAGCCGAGCCGUUGGAGUGUGGCGAAACACUGUUUCUCAACUGUUAUACGAAUCAGGAACCAUAUGGACCGACAAAGUCAUUCUAGAAGAGGGCACUCAUCAAGACUUAUACAAAAUAAUGGCGCAUCCUGCAUUAGCUGUAUGUACUACCCAAAACUAUAUUUGUUUUUGUAAUUCCUUCUCAUGUCCUCUUUUUAUACAGUCAGAAGCUACUUUAGAAAGCCAGCGGUUUGUACGACAUUCUUCACCAAAGAACCUCUCCAUGGUUAAAUUUAUCUUAAAUGAAUUAUCGGAGACGGAAAGAUCUUACAACCAAUUGCUGAAGCUGAUACAAGAUGUAAACAAGAUAAUGGCUGAUAAAAUUGUCUUAUCACUUACUCAUAUCUUGCCUACAUAGCGUUACAUGAAGCCAAUGAUUGCUGCUUCGCAGUCCAAGGACCCCUUAGUGAAAUCAACAGAUA